AGGCUGAAGUUUAUGCUUAGAAACACAUCACGUGGACAUUUCCAAACGCAUGUAGACUGAGGCGCCACAGAUCAGCUUUGCUGAGCUCAGAUGCUGCUGCUGCUGAUGCUGCCCUGCCCUGCGCGAGCUCUGAAAAACACGGGCUCCUGCUGAGUCAUGGCUUGUGCUGGUCCAUUAUUGAAGUACACACACCACGAGAUAGACUAUAUGUCAGGGACCUACAAGUGAGGCAUUACAGCAUGAAAUAGCCGUUCAUAGUAGGCUGUUUACAUAAGGAGAGGAAGCAGACGUGUAGGAGUGGCUGUGCUACAUCGCAAUGAUUGCUGCGGCUUUCCUGGUCUUACUGAGACCCUUAAGUAUCCAGUGUGUAUUAUUGCUAUUAUUGCUUUUGGUAGGAACUGUCGCCACGAUCCUGUUUCUCAGCUGCUGGCAUCGGAAGCUCCGUAACGAGAAAAUUCCCAUAAAAUCUGUGCUCACGAGGCGCUCGAGGAGUCGUGCUGGUUUCCGGCCGCAUCAUUUUCGCUCUGAGGUAUGUCGUCACAGUCCACGUCAUGCGAGGAGAAGCGCACGCGCGCGCGUUUCUGAAGAGAAGGCGCUCAUCGAGAGCGAGCCGGACUCGAGCGCGGCCGUGAGGAAGCGCAGAGUGAAGAAGAGAGUCCAGCCCGAGUUCUAUCACUCCGUGCAGCUCACGCCAACACGCAAACCAAGCUCCGGGUCCGGGAACGCGUCCCUGCGCUGUUCUAUGUCUUCAUCGGCAGAUUUCUCCGAUGAUGAAGAGUACAGUGUGAAAUCUGGGUCGGUGUCGCCAGCACCGGGGGACACGUUACCGUGGAAUUUACCCAGACAUGAGCGCUCGAAGCGGAAGAUCCAGGGAGGAUCCGUGCUCGAUCCUGCCGAGAGGGCGGUGCUCAGAAUCGCAGAUGAAAGAGACAGAGUCCAGAAAAAGACCUUUACAAAAUGGAUAAAUCAGCACCUCUUAAAGGUCCGAAAGCAUGUGAACGACCUGUAUGAGGAUUUGCGAGAUGGACAUAACCUAAUCUCCCUUCUGGAGGUGUUGUCCGGUGAGACACUGCCAAGGGAGCGUGAUUUUCUGAAGACGUUGCGGUUGGUGAGUGCGGCUGACGCAUGCACGGUUGAGCAGCAUGGACGUGACCACGAUGAUGAUGAUGAUGAGGAUAAGGGGCCGCGAGAGAAGGGCCGCAUGCGCUUCCACAGACUCCAGAAUGUACAGAUCGCGCUGGACUAUUUAAAAAGACGGCAGGUGAAGCUGGUGAACAUCAGGAAUGAUGACAUAACGGACGGAAACCCAAAACUGACACUGGGAUUAAUAUGGACCAUAAUUCUGCACUUUCAGAUCUCAGAUGUCCACGUGACCGGAGAGUCCGAGGACAUGACAGCCAAGGAAAGACUUCUGCUGUGGUCCCAGCAGAUGACUGAAGGCUAUGUAGGUGUCCGCUGUGACAACUUCACUACCUCGUGGAGGGAUGGACGACUGUUCAAUGCUAUUAUUCAUAAGUACAGGCCCGACCUGGUUGAUAUGAGCAAAGUAUCGACACAAAGUAGCAGAUCCAACUUAGAACAAGCGUUUGGAGUGGCCGAGCAGCUUGGUGUGGCCCGACUGCUGGAUCCAGAGGAUGUGGAUGUGUCAUCUCCGGACGAGAAGUCUGUCAUUACUUAUGUAUCAACGUUAUACGACGUUUUUCCGAAAGUACCGGAGGGUAUGGAGGGCAUCAGUGCAAAUGAUGUGGAUGUUAAAUGGGUGGAAUACCAGAACAUGGUGAAGUACCUCAGCCAGUGGAUCAAACACAAUGUGACUGUUAUGACAGACAGAAAUUUCCCCAGCAAUCCUGUGGAACUUAAGGCACUUUAUACACAGUAUCUACAGUUUAAAGAGAAUGAAAUACCACCGAAAGAAAACGAAAAGGCCAAAAUCAAGCAUCUCUACAAAAUGCUAGAGGCGUGGAUAGAGUUCGGUCGCAUCCAGCUCCCUCAAGGGUACCAUCCUAAUGACGUGGAGAAGGAAUGGGGCAAGUUGAUCGUGGCCAUGCUGGAGAGAGAGAAGAGCCUGAGGCCUGAAGUGGACAGACUUGAAAUGCUACAGCAGAUUGCAAACAGAGUUCAGCGAGACUGUGUAGCUGGAGAGGACAAAUUAGCGUUAGCGCGGACGGCUCUGCAGUCGGAUGCCAAACGGUUGGAAUCAGGAAUCCAGUUUCAGAAUGAAGCAGAGAUCGCUGGUUACCUUCUGGAGUGUGAGAACUUAUUGAGGCAGCAAGUGGUGGACAUCCAGCUUUUACUGGAUGGGAAAUUCUACUUGGCUGAUCAGCUUGUUCAAAGGGUAUCUAAGCUCCGUGACGACCUGUUGGCUUUGAGGACAGAGUGUUCAACCGUCUACAGCAAAGGACACAUGCUGACCUCAGAACAGACCAAGAUGAUGAUCUCUGGCAUCACACAGAGUUUGAACUCAAACUUUUCACAAAACUUCAGUGGUGGAUUGUCUCCUGCGCUCACUCAGGGUGGCCUGGUCACAUCGGGCGGCAGCCCUGCGAUGAGCCCCGCCACGACGCCCAGCAUGCAGCCUGCCGCGGUCCAGACUUACCUCAGCGGCAGAGGAGGAGGAGGAGGAGGAGGAGGCAUGGAGCCCGGUGGCCUUCAGCAGCUCAAACACAUGCAGAUCCGCAAGCCCAUGCUCAAAUCCUCCUUCGUGGAUCCGAACUUGACCGAGGAUGAGGUUCAUAUGAAGUUUGUGCAGGAUCUGCUUAACUGGGUCGAGGAAAUGCAGGUUCAGCUUGAUCAAGCAGAAUGGGGAUCUGAUCUACAGAGCGUUGAAUCAAAUUUAGGAAAUCAUAAAGAUUUUCACAAAGCCAUCGAAGAAUUCCAGAUGAGCAUUAAAGAAGCCAAAAUGAGUGAGAUUCAGAUGACCCAGCCACUGAAGCAGAGUUAUUCUGAGAAGCUGAAUAAGUUAGAAAGCCAGUACAGGAGGCUGCUGAAAUGCUCCAGUGAGAGGCAGAAACACUUGGACAGCCUGUAUGAUUUUGUAUCCCGUGCCACUCAGGAGCUGAUCUGGCUCAAUGAGAAGGAGGAAGAGGAAGUGGCUUUUGACUGGAGUGAGAGGAACAGUAACAUUUCAAGGAAGAGGGAUUAUCAUGCAGAUCUCAUGAGAGAACUGGAUGACAAAGAGGAGGUGAUCAAGUCAGUACAGGAGAAGGCAGAGAGCCUCCUUCUGGAGAACCAUCCUGCCAGACUGACCAUUGAGGCAUACAGAGCAGCCAUGCAGACUCAGUGGAGCUGGAUACUGCAGCUCUGUCACUGUGUGGAGCAACAUCUGAAAGAGAACGCUGUCUACUUUGACUUUUUCAGCGAAGCCAAAGAGUCAUUGGAUUACCUUAAGAGCCUCCAAGAUGCCAUCCACAGAAAGUACAGCUGCGACCGAAGCAGCAGUUUACAUCGGCUUGAGGAUCUCAUUCAAGAGUCCAUGGAUGAGAAAGAACAGCUCCUGAAAUACAGCAGCACAGUGGGUGGAUUAGUGGGCCGGGCAAAGUCCGUUGUUCAGCUCAAAGCCCGCAACCCAGAGAACCCCAUCAGAACUUCCAUACCCAUCAAAGCCAUCUGUGACUACCGCCAGAUAGAGAUCACCAUUAGCAAAGAAGAUGAGUGUGUUCUAGUGAGCAAUUCUCACAGGGCAAAGUGGAAAGUGAUCAGUCCAUCUGGAAAUGAGGCCAUGGUGCCUUCAGUCUGCUUUAGUGUACCACCACCCAACAAGGAGGCCACUGAAAUGGCAAGCAGGAUCGAGCAGCUGUAUCAGAAUGUUCUGGCUCUGUGGCAUCACUCUCACAUUAACAUGAAGAGCGUCGUGUCCUGGCACUAUCUGAUGACUGACAUCCGCGCCAUCCGCAAAAGCACUGUUGCCUCGAUCAAGACGCUAUUGCCAGGGGAUCACGAGCAGGUGCUGAGCAGCCUGCAGUCCCACUUUGAGGACUUCCUGAGGGACAGCGAUGAAUCAGAGGUUUUUACGGUGGCUGAUUGUGCCCAGCUGGAAAAGGAGGUUCUGGCUUGUAAGGAGUACUAUGAGGAGCUCCUCAAAUCUGCAGAGAGAGAAGAACAGGAGGAGUCCAUGUACAACCUCUUCAUAUCCGAGGUGCGUAACUUCCGCAUGCGAGUGGAGGGUCAUGAGGAACAGCUGAUCCGGAAAAUCCGUACCCCACUAGACAGAGAUGACCUGCAGGAGUGUGUGCUGCGCAUCACCGAACAGGAGAAGAAGAAGGUAGAGCUGGAUAGGUUGAAGGAUGACCUGGAGAGCCUGAGAGAGAAGUGUGAGGUUUUCCUCAGGCAAGCAGCUGCCUCUCCAUCCGUCCCUACGCUUUCCUCUGAGCUGAACAUCCUCACUCAGAGCACAAACCAGGUCUACUCCAUGUGCUGCAUCUACCUGGAGAAGCUGAAGACAGUGAGUUUGGUGGUGAAGCACAGUCAGAGUGCCGAAGCUCUGGUCAAACUUUAUGAAGCUAAGUUGUGCGAGGAGGACACAAUCAAUGCUAAUAUCAAAUCUAUCGAUGGCGUCAUGAGCACUCUUAAGCAAUGGAGGUCUGAAAUCGAUGAAAGACGUGAGGUAUUCCAUGACUUGGAGGACGAGCUGCAGAAGGCACGAGUGGUCAGUGAGCGCAUGUUCAAAAUGCACAACGAGAGAGACUUUGAUUUGGAUUGGCACAAGGAGAAGGCCGACCAGCUCAAAGAACGAUGGCAAAACAUCCACUCUCAGAUUGAAAACAGGCUCCGAGACCUGGAAGGCAUCAGCAAAUCACUUAAAUACUACAAAGACACAUACAACAGCCUGGAUGAAUGGAUCACAGAAAUGGAAGCCAAGCAGCUCAAGGCCCAAGAGAAUCAGCCAGAAGACAGCAAGGCAUUGGCCGAGUUCCUUAACCAGCAGAAAGUUUUGGUCACAGAAAUUGAACAAAAACAAAGCAAAAUUGAGGAGUGCCAGAAGUAUUCAGAGCAGUAUGCAGUUGGAGUGAAAGACUAUGAACUGCAGUUGAUGACUUACAGAGCCAUGGUUGACUCUCAGCAUAAGUCUCCAAUGAAGAGAAGGAAGAUGCAGAGUUCCUCUGAUGUCAUCCAGCAAGAGUUUAUGGACCUUCGUACACGUUACACAGCCCUGGUUACUCUGAUGACACAGUAUGUGAAGUUUGCAGGUGAAAAACUAAAGAGGGUGGAAGAGGAUGAGAGGAGGAAGUUGUUGGAAAACGCUGAGUACUUGAGCUGGACUGAGAGCAUGGAGCUGCAGAAAUCUGCAAGUGAAGAGGAGAUCGCCAGGCUUAGGCGUCAGAGGUCUGUUGAGGAUGAGAAGAAAGAGCAUGGCGAUAAGGUUAACAAGUUAUUAAAUUGGAUGAAAACGAAUCCAAACAAAGAUGGAAAGGCUCAAAGUGAUGGCAAACCCAGCACUGAGGGCACUAGUAAGCCCCAGAUGGCACUGGAGGAGAUGAUGACAAAAAAGGAACAGAUUGGAGAAGCAUUGAGAACUACCCAGCUGAUGCUAACCAAACACAGUGACAAAAUGACUGAAGAAGAAAAGCAAGAAGCAAAAGAACAGCUGAAAUCUCUUCAUCAGGCCUACAGUGAGCUCUCUCAGCAGUGUGCAGAUGCAGCUUCCUCUGCUGAUCAGGCACUGAAGGUCAUCCAAGGGAUUCUGGAUGUUGAAAGUGGAGCUGUCAUGUCUGUGUGUUACUCUGUGAACAAUGGCUUCAUCGACCAAAACACAGGACUUGGUCUUCUAGAGGCACAGCUUAUAACCACUGGACUCAUUUGGCCUGAACAGCACUUGCAUAUGGACUUAGAGGAAGCAUUCAAGCACAAACUUGUGGAUGACACAGUGCGCAAGCAACUUCAAGAAUUGAAUGAAACUAAAAAAUUUCUUCAGGAUCUUCAGUUUGCUUUAGAACCCUUGCCGGUUAUGGCAGCGCUGGAAAAAGGGGCUAUAUCUGAGCAAACAGCUAUGAAGAUCAUUGAAAUCCAGCUAGCGACUGGAGGGUUAAGACUGUCAUACACUGGUGAUAUACUACAUCUGGAAGGGGCUUUUCAACUUGGCCUGAUACCUCAGUCGCUCUUUAUCCAGAUAUUGGAGAGGAAGGACACAUGGAAGAACUUGAUUGACCCCAACACUGCAGAAAAAGUCUCACUUAGUCAGCUUGUGCAGAGAAGCAUGAUGCAUGAGCCGACAGGACUUCGCCUGCUUCCAGUGAAACGUGGAAAAGAUGGAACUAUAUUCCUGACAUCUGGAAGAGAGAUCAACAUUAUGAAAGCCAAAGGUGUCAUUGAUAGAGAGACCAUGUUUCGAUUGCUGAGCACCCAGUUGUUUGCAGGAGGCAUAGCUGAUGCCAAAACUGGCCGAAAGCUGACUGUUGAGGAGGCCUUAUCAGAGGGUCUGAUCGAUCAGGACACUGCGAGUGAGAUACUCAGCCACCAGGCCCAAAAUGGUGGCAUCGUUAAUCCUUGCAACGGGGCAAGACUUACAGUUGAUGAGGCUGUCCAGUGUGACUUAAUAAGCUCCAGCAGUGCGUUGUUAGUUCUGGAGAGACAGAAGGCCUUCAUGGGUCUCCUUUGGCCUAACGCUGGUGAAAUUCUCUCGUUCUCCACCUCUCUUCAGCAAAACAUAAUCACAGACAAACUGGCGUCUGAGCUGCUGCAAAACCGGCACAAAAUAACAGCCUUGUACAUACCUGAAACCUCGGAGGUAGUUGACAUUGAUUCUGUGGGGGUGGAUAACUUAAUUGAGACAUUUACAAAGGAGUUGUUGAAGACGAUAGAAAUCCCAGAUGUGUUCCCUGAUAUAGAUGAACUGAAUAACAGGUUUUCAUCCUGGCUGGUAAUGAAGGAGCUUCAAAUCGAUGGAUCAUGUUCCAUUGGUGAAGAAAUCAGUGAUGAAAACAGCUCAGAUGCACCAUCUCCCUCUGAGGCAAAACAGUUAUUUAUUUCCUAUCUCAUAAUGAAUAGCUAUAUGGAUCCAAAGUCAGGCCAGAGGCUGUUGAUCUUUGAUUGGCAAUUAAAUAAAAUGGCUAAAUUACUCUUUGAAACAUCAGAACAUGUAGAUGAGAUUAGCGGACUUUAUAUGAAUGUUUCAGAAGAGUCUCUACUGAAUCCAUUCAGCAUUCCCGAUGAUGACAACGCUUGUCUGAAUUCCGAUGAUGGUGCUUUGGGAGAAUUGCAAAUAUGUGAACCUUUGGAAAGCAAAACAGAACAAGAGCAUGAAGUUGUGAAUUCGAAUGCAUUGAAGAAUUGCCUAAAACCUACUCUACCCUCUGAGUCUGUUGUAAAUGCUGUAGAAACAGAUCACAAAUGUGAUAUUUUCCUAGACAGCGCUGAACAAAUGACUGUAAUUGAAACUAACAAUCUGCCUAAGAAUUCUACAUGGUCAUACACAGACAAGUGCCAUUCAGACAUAAGUGAUGUAGCUUCCCCUCAGCCAUCGGAUGCAAUGCAGUUACCACAAACAGCCUUUUCUAUAGCAGCAACUGCCUCGAUGGUAGCAAACCCUGAAUGUCAUGAUGCCAGUAAAGACCAGGAAAAACAUUUAAAACACUCACCACUAUUGUCCAGUGAAACAACCAGCUAUACAGAGAUGCCCUCUGAAUUUCCACAUACAGAUGUUGUGUGGGAUGACAAACUUGAGAGAGAUUAUGCCAUGCAUCUUCUUAGGGCACAAGUGGAGGAAGGUGGGAUUUUGGAUGUCACCUCUGGAAAACGGUAUGACCUUGAAGCUGCUCUCGGUAAAGGCCUUAUUGAUGAAGAGACUGUCUUAGAAGUACUCGCACUGCAGCUUCAAGAGGAUGGUUUGAAAGAGAGCGAAAAUACUGCUUUGUCAGUUCUGAACAUUUCUGUCAGUAAAGGCUGCAUCUCAAGUAAAGUAGCACUACAGAUCAUGGAAAAGCAGAACCUUCUUGGUGGUUUCUAUGAUGCAGCAGUUGGAAGAACCAUUAGCAUUUGUGAUGCUUUAGAGACGGGUAUGAUUACUGAUGAUAUCAGCAGAAGCGUUCUCUCUUCAGAGGCAAUCAGGAAGUCCAUCAUUGAUCCAGGGGGAAAGUGUGUGCUCGGUGUAUAUGAUGCCAACAAGUCUGGGAUGUUGGAUGAUAAAGAGGCUGAGAGAAUGCUACAUUCACAGCGGAAUGAAAGGGAAGACAUCAGGGUGCCUGAUUUAGCAAAAAGAGGACAAAUAAGCUUGACAUCAGAUGAAGCCACACAGGUAUUUACUGACAUAGCAUGUGUGAGCAGUAGUCAGGAUCUUCUGUUACCCACCAUUUGUGGCAUGCCGUCUAAAGUCAUUUCAGCAAAAGACGAUAUGUUUGGUAAAGUUUCUGAAACUAAUGAAAUAGGGGAGGAUUGUGAUGUACGAUGUGGUAAUUUCAAGACUAUGGAUUUUAAAAAUGAGCUAGACACAACAGAUGAAAGAAAAGGAAGUUUCACUUUGGAAGGAAAUGAGAUAAAAAGGCCAAAUAACAGCAUAGACACUUUUCUUGUUGAUGUUUCAUGUGAAACUGUAAGUCCUUCACCAUGUAUCAGCCAGAUGGCAUGUCAAGAGACUACGGUGAGUCAUGUUGUUAACCCUGUACAGAGAGACUCUGGAAUAUCAUGUUCCUCACAAAGUGAUAUCUGCUCUGAAGAAAGGAAAUCAGAGAGAGUACUUAAUCCUGAACAGGAAUUCAACAGGUCCAAAGUGGAGUGUGAAACAGCAAAUGCAUGUUUUGACAAAGGCCUCUCUGAGAGCUUGAGCACUUCGCCACCAAUGGUGGAGGAUGUUGGAAAAGUUACAACACUUGAAGAAGCACAGUCCACCUCGUCUUUAUAUUGUGCAAGUGCCAAGUCACCAAUGGAGACUCCAGCAGAGUUGGAUUUAAGUACCGAUGAUCAGUCCACAUUAGCUCAGAAUUUAUCGAAUGAGAAAGUGCAUGCAUCAUAUAAAGUUGAAAAUGCCAAUAAUGUAAGUGAGGACCUAGAUCAUGAGCAUUCUGAUGAGGAUUCAGGUGUGUUUAGUUCAGAGAAUAGAGUACUAGAGACGAUUAAGUAUGAGGACAUGUCAGAAAUGUUCAGAAAUACACCAAAAAUAAAACCUGAGCCCAGAGUGGUCUGUACAGAAAGCAGUAUUGAUUGUAAGGUAGAAGAGAAUGAGGACAUUGAAGACUCUGUGGGUUUCAAAGGAUCCGAGGACACAUGUCAGCUCAGUUUGAUAGAUUUACCUGGAUCAACAGUAAAUUCCAAGCAGUUGCCACUUGAAAUUGUUACUAAUUCUAGUCAAGUUGAUUCAAAUGGAGGUAAUCAUAACAUACAGAACCCAAGUGAGCAAGGCAUAUUUUGUAAUCAUGUAGCCCCAAAGGCCACUACAAAAGGUGAGUUAGCCAGGUCAUCUGAAUCAGACUUUACAAUUGAUGAUAAACAAGUAAAAGAUGUGGUAGAAAUGCUAGAGUCAUCCUCUGGUAAGUCUUCAGAGGAUAUGUUCACAGAAUCCAAUGAAUUGCAGUCUGCCCGCCAAAUUCAAAGUCCUUCUGUCAAAAUCAUGCUUGAUCAGAAUAGCGAACAAAGUGCAGACAUCUUCAACCAGUCUCAAGCUGGAGAUACAGUAGUUGCUGAAGGUGUACACCAGGAUGACCUUCAUUUUCCUCACAUGGUGAUGGCCGAAGAUGCAAGUUUACCAAAGUCAAUGGGAAGCAGUGAUUUAAAGUCUUUUUUGAAUGCAUUAAUCCAGAUGAAGAUGGAUGGAGCAAGUAUGGACAAGACUCAAAAACAAAAAUGCCAAGCCAUCGAUAGCAUUAUUGAAAUUAUUCAGCACCACUCCGGAAUCUCACCAACCAAUCAUCCCAACUCAAGUAAGAGAGGUGGUGAUCCAGAUAUCCUCUUGGAUUUGAAAAAACAUGAAGGUCCAAGAGAAGAUCAGAACUGGCCAUCUGAUGAGAGUAAUGAUCAACCAAAGCAUCAGACUGAUCUGCUGGAGAUGAUUCAGAGAAUCUCCACAAACAGAGAUCAAGAAAUGCUAAAGGAAGUGGAUGGAAAGCUAAGCAGUUUUUUGGAGUGCACUGCCCUGAGAGAUGAAAGCAUGGAAGCUAAAUGCAUUGCUGUUCCAACCACAUAUGAUGCUGCUGCAGAUGAUGCCUUCCAGCCAACCGACUCUAUCCACCAGGUCUCCAUGGCAGAGGAUCCAAACAUAAAGCAAACAGACAGAGUCAAAACGAGAAGAUAUUCCACCCAGAAUUACUUGGAAUGUGUUGGGAGGCUUCAGGAUCAUUGCGAUACUCUUGGAGAUAUAAGAAGUAAAUUGCAGACCAAGGGUCCAUUAGGAGAAGACAUUGAGGCGUUGCAUAGUCAAUUAGAGGAAGUUCAGUCUCUGGAAGUACAGAUUGCUGCUCUUCCUGACUUGCUUACACCAGAUUUGAGCAUAGCAGAGCAACUUCUGAAUUUCGCCAAUGAGCUAAAUCAUGUGCAAAUCCACCAAGAUUUGGCUGCAGUCUAUGUAGAUGUACAGAAUGCUUUCACAGAUGUUUGCCACUUGUCGUCUGAGCGAAGUAAUGCUAUUCUACUAGCCAUUGACACAGUGAAGAUCCAUUUGGAAACCUCACAUCAAGAUUUGCUAAGCUGUCUUGAUAAGGUCUCAGCUUGUAUACAAGACAGUUCUGAGAUGGUGUCUAAGCUUGAUUUCAUGGAUGCUGAUAACAUAGAAAGAAUUAAGAAAAGGGUUCAGCAAAAUAAGGACAUAGAGAAAGACUUAUCAGGAACCCGGCAGCUCCUGGAAGACUCUGCUUUUGAUAUCCAAAACUUCAUUUCUGAGCAUGCUCAGUUCCUGAGUCCGACUCAUAGCAGAUACCUUCUAAGGGCUCUCAGCACUACUCAGAGAUCCUACAAAGAGCUCAUGGACAGAGUCUUCACUCAGAGACAAACUCUCGAGGUCCAACUGGAGAUCCAUGAGGAGGAGACUCAGCAGAAGGCUGCUGUGGAGAAGCAGAGGGAGUUUUCAGAAAAGCUGCAGGAGCUGUUUGAUGAUCUGACACAGACAGAAAACCGCCUCAUUGGCCACCAGCAGCAGGCUGCCAGUGCAAAGACCGUGGGAGACCUCCAGCAAUACCAACAAGAGCAUCAGGCUCUACAGAAAGACCUGCAGGCUAAUGCCAGUGCUCUCAAUGAAGUCAUUAGUAGCACAAAGAAGUUUCUAGAGGAGAAUCGCAGCAAACUCGCUCCAGAACAGAUAUCGGCUCUUGAAAACAAACUGGAGGAAUUGAAGAGCAAAGCGAACAUGCUUAACCAGAGGGCAGAAGAGUCAAGGAAAGAUCUAGAGAAGGUAACAGCUGUUGAACAACUUGAAGAGAGCAAAACUAAGAUCGAGGGUCUUCUAGACUGGAUCUCUAACGUUGGGAAAGAGAAAGAAAUGGGUGGAAUACAAAAGGAGAUAAUUGGAGAGGAAGAUGAUCCUAAUGGAAAUGCAUUAGAUACUACAGACAACACAAGUCUGCGUACUGGUGAAAAACAAGACGGUAAAAACCUGGACCUGGACCAACAGUUUAACAGGGUUCAAGUCCACCACCAGGAGAUCUUGUCCCAACAGCAGGAUCUGAUCAUCGCCACACAAUCAGCACAGGCAUUACUCGACAAACAAGCUCAGGUCCUGUCACCCGCUGAAAAAGACAAGUUACAGAGGGACAUUAAAGAGCUGGAGGGUCGCUACAAGGCCUCUCUCACGCAGGCCGAGCAGCAGAUGAAGCAGGUCCAGACUGUUCAGGAGGAGCUUCAGAAGUUCAAGGGGGACUGUGAGGAGUUUGAGACGUGGCUACAGCAGGCCCACGGGGAGAUGGAGGAGCUCGGUGCGCCCGCUGCUGGUCUGGACACUCUGAGUAACAAUCUACAGAGACAGAAGAGUUUCUCUGAGGACGUCAUCUCUCAUAAAGGAGACCUGCGCUUCAUAACCAUCUCCGGUCAGAAGGUGCUGGACGCGGCAAAGGCCUGUGAUUGUAGUGAAUCUGGGGGAGCUGGCGGCCUGCCGGUGGUUGAUAUGUCUGGGACUUGUGCUGCAGUGAAAGAAAGGCUGGAUUCUGCAGCCAGUCACUACAAAGCCUUGCAUACGCAGUGUAAUCAGCUUGGAAAUAACCUGAAAGAAGUGGUGGACAAGUACAAGAAGUAUGAAGACGCCAGUGGUGCUCUGGUGAAGUGGCUGAAUGUCUCUGAGGAAGAGUCUAGAAGGCAGCAGUCAGAGCCCAUUGCUGGAGACCCACAAACCCUACAGAGACAGCUGGAGGAGACCAAGAAUCUUCAAGGGCAAACAACGUCCCGUCAGGCUGCGGUGGAUUCGCUGAGAAAAACAGCUGAUGCUUUGAUCAGCGCAGAGGGAGACCUGCUGUCCCAUCCGGAGGAGAUUCAGGAGACAGUGGAUGACAUCAUAGAGAGAUACGACAACCUGUCGAAGUCUGUGAGUGACCGCAAUGAGAAGCUGCAGGUGACUCUGACGCGCUCUCUGAGUGUUCAGGACGGCCUGGAUGAGAUGAUGUCCUGGAUGGAGAAGGUGGAAGAGAGUGUGAAGGAGACGCCAAAAGUGCCGCUGGACUCCAGCUCUAUUGCAGAUGCGCUUAGCAAGGAGGCAGCUCUGGAGCAGGACAUGUUCAGCAGGCAGAGCAGCAUCUUGGCCAUGAAGGCAAAGGUGAAGACGUUUGUGGAGAGUGCCGAGCCGGCCGCUGCCGCACUCCUCCAGGCUAAGAUGGAGGGCUUGUCCCAGCGGUUUACUGACGCCUCUGAGCAGCACAAGCAGAAGGUGGCUCAGAUAGAAGAUCUCAGAGACAAGGUGGAGCAGUUUGAGAAGACAUCUGAGAAGGUGCAGCAGUUUGUACUGAAGAGCUCCCAGGCUCUCUCAGAGUCAGACGGGCCAGGAAAGAACGUCGCUGAGCUCUCCCAGCUCGUCCAGGACACAAAUGCAGAGUUAUCCGAGCACGCAAAGGACAUGGAAACACUCCAGAAACUGACUGAGGAACUCUGUAAGCUGGGUCCAGAAGGAAGCACUGCUCUUCUUCAGAGCAAGAUGCAGAACAUCUCUGACAACUUUAAUGCUUUUAAAGAGACAAUUACUGAGAAAAAAGAGGAGGUUUCAUCCUGCCAGAAGCAGCUGCAGGAGUUCAAAGCUGCCGCAGGGGUGUUAAUGAAAUGGCUGGAGGACACAAAAGAGCAAGUGCCAGUUCUUCAGCCCAACUGCAGUGAACAGGGCCUGGGAACAGACCUGCAGAAAGUCAAUGGCUUAUUGGACGAUUGGACAUCCAAAGCUCCUGCAGUCCAGGAUAUAAAUAGCAAAGGAUCUGCUCUAUGUAGCCUAAUCAGUGUUUUGACAUCACCGGCCAAAGCCAAGAUACGUCGCAACUCAGGAUCAGCUGUCAAUAAUGGUUCUGGUCCAGGCAGCCAUUCCUAUCUGACAAACAAAGAGUUGAUGCUGGUGCAGCAGAACAUGUCCUACAUUAACAACAAUUACGAACAUCUGGGGGAACUCCUGAAGGCCAGGUCCUCUGAGCUCGGCGUUUUGUUAAAGAGAGUUCUAGGUGUCCAUGAACAGGCUGAGUCUUUACGUCAGUGGAUGGAAGACACAAAGAAAACGGCAACAUCACUGAGUAACCGUCCUUCUGGGAAAGACACAGUAAAAUCACAGAUAGAGCAACAGAAGGUCUUUGAAGAUAAUAUGAAACAAAAGCAAGUGCAGCUCCAGCAGCUCAGGGAGAAUCUGCUCCGUUUAAUCGAGGAACACCCUGAUUCAACCGAGGCAGAAAAGUGGAAGCACAUGCUGGCACAGAUAGACGCAGAAUGGGAGGAGGUCAGGGGGACAAUGGAGGUCCGGAAACAGCACCUGGAGGAGUCGUCCCGCAUGCUGGAGCUCUUCCAGACGACCCAGCCGCAGCUCUCGCAGUGGCUGCAGGAGAAGGAGUUGAUGAUGGGCGUCCUGGGGCCUCUGUCUGUGGAUCCAAACAUGCUUAACACACAAAAGCAGCAAGUCCAGAUUCUCCUCAAGGAGUUCGACAGCCGCAAGCCUCAGUAUGAGAAGUUAACCGAGGCGGCCACAGCCAUCGCUAGUGCGUCAGAGCAGCAGGAUCCUGCCGUAGAGCAGGUUAAAGAACAGCUGGCAUCUGUUUCCCAGAAGUGGCAGGCCCUGACAGGUCAGCUGUCUCAGAGACAUGCACUCAUUGAGCAGGUUGUCGGUAAGACCACUCAAUUCCAGGAGCUCUUGCGAAGCCUCAGUAAAAGUGCCACUUGCCUGGAGACUGAACUUAAUAACCAGCAGGCCCUCAGCACCCAACCUGAUGAAGUUAAGAAGCAGAUUGAAGCCACUAAUUCAAUCCUGGCUCAGCUACGAGAGGAGAAGAAGAGGCUGAAGGAGGCAGAAACUGUCUGCUCUGAGCUCUCUGCCAUGGUGACUGAAGAGUAUCUCAGAGCAGACUUGACAAAACAGCUUGAGAGCACCACUAAACCAUUUAGACAACUUGAGGACAAAGCAGGAAAGCGGAUUGAGCAGCUCAACUCAGCCUUUGCCAGCUCCCAGCAGUUCCAUCAGACAUCUAAGGACUUCCAAGCCUGGCUGAAUCAGACUUUGCAGGAGCAGUGUAAGCCACAGCCCAUCUCUGCUAAUGCAGAGAAGUUAAAACAGAGUCUCAAGGAGAACAGUGCUGCUCAAAAGGCCAUUAGUGAGCAUGGAGAACCCUAUAACACCAUCAUUAAAGAGGGAGAAGCUCUCCUCCAGAGCACGGAGGGGGCAGAAAAGGUGGCCCUUCAAGGACAGCUCUCUGCUCUGAAGUCCAGCUGGCACGAUGUGAAGAAAGGUAAUGCUGAGCAAGCAGAAAAGAUUCAAGGGGCCUUGGAGAGGGCACUGAAGUACAAAGAACACUAUGAGAAUUUGAGCUCAUGGGUGCAAGAGGUUGAAGACAGGGAGAAGAAUGUGAAGCUCAGCGCGAAUUCGGUGGAGAUCGAGGGCUCCCUCUCGCAGUUGAAGGCCAUCCAGAAAGACGUUGAAAAGCAUAGAGGGCAAGUUGUGAUGAUGAAUGCAGCUGUAGACAGCCUCCUGGAGGUAGUCACAUCAGAUGGGGAUUCAGUUAGGGAGGAGAAGGUAGCUAUUGGUAAAAGAGUUGAUAAGCUGACAGAAGAUUUAACGCUCAAAAGAGAAUCAUUAGAAAAUAUCUCACAGAAGCUAAAAGAGUUCAACGACUUACAGAAAGAAGCCAAAGGGCAGCUGGAGGCUGCCAGGAAACAGCUCGAUUCCCACUCAGCUUUGGGUGUCCAGGCCUACAGCAAUAAGAACCUGACCAACAUGAAGGCUCAGCAGAACAGCUUAGAGGGUGUCCACAACCAGGUUGAGCAUCUAAAAAAUGUUGCAAAAAGCCUUGUGGUAGAUGCCUCUGAUGUAGAAGGUGUAACAGACCUUCUUCUUCAGGCAGACAGCUUGGAAAAAGACCACAUGUCAAUUACCAAAAAGGUAGAGGAUGCUUGCUCCACCUUGGAGAACAAACUACAGGGCAUUGGACAAUUCCAGAACAGUAUUCGUGAAAUGUUUGCAAACUUCACAGACCUGGAUGAUGAGUUCGAUGGGAUGGCUCCUGUAGACAGGGAUCUUGACACCUUACGGGAUCAGCAAAGCACUAUCAAAGACUUUGUUGCUAGACUUCAGGAUCUGAUGACCAACACGGCCAACGGCAGAGACAGGUGCAAAAAGAUGCUGGAGUCAGAGGCCUCACCAGAUCUCCUGGGUCUGAAGAGAGACUUGGAAACCCUGGGCAAGCAGUGUGGAAAGCUGAUGGACCGAGCCACGGGUAGAAGAGAACAGGUUGAGGAGACCCUCAGUCAUCUGGAGGAGUUCUACAGCAAGGCACAGGAGUUCAGCCACAAUCUGAGCAUUGCUGAAAAACAAGAGGAGUCCCAAGGGCCUGUUGGAUUGGAAACAGAAGUCAUUAACCAACAACUGGAGUCCUUCAAGGUUUUCCACAAGGACGUCAUUGAGUCGCUGCAGAGCCAGUUGCAGGAACUGAACACUCUGGGCCAGGCACUGAUCCAAAAUGCUGCCAAAUGCACCAGCACCAAAAAACUUGAUCAUGAUCUAGAGGAGGUCAACACCAGAUGGAACACCCUCAACAAAAAAGUUGCAGAGCGAUCUGCACAGCUUCAUGAAGCCCUGCUGCACUGUGGCAGGUUCCAGGAUGCACUGGAGUCCCUUCUCAGCUGGCUCACGGACACAGAGGAGCUGGUGGCCAAUCAGAAAGCUCCAUCAGCAGAAUUCAAAGUGGUGAAAGCACAGAUACAAGAACAGAAGCUCCUGCAGAGACUGCUGGAUGACCGGAGAGCUACGGUGGAGCUGAUUAAGACGGAGGGACGGAAGGUGACCAAUUUAGCUGAUACUGUUGAUAAGGAGAAGAUUGCGAAAGAGAUUGAAUGCCUGGGGCAAAGGUGGGACGCCCUACUUAAGAAAGCUGAGAGCAGACAAAAGCAGUUGGAGAAUAUUUUGGUGGUGGCACAGCAAUUCCAUGAGACCCUUGUGCCUUUGACGGAGUGGCUGACAGCUACCGAAAAAAGACUAGCCAACUCCGAGCCCAUCGGCACCCAGACGUCCAAGAUAGAGGAGCAAAUUUCUCAGCAUAAGGCUUUAGAGGAGGAGGUUUUGGGCCAUGGUAAGAUCUUGUACCAGGCCAUGAGUCUGGGCCAGUCUCUACGGACGCUCAGCUGUGUGGAUGACAAGGAGCUGUUGCAGGCAAAGAUCGACACCAUGCACAGCAGCUACAUCGAGCUGCAGGAGCAUUGCCGCCAGAAGGCCGAGUUAUUGCGGCAGGCUUGUGCUAAUGCGCAGCUCUUUGGGGAGGAUGAAGUGGCCCUAAUGACCUGGCUCGAUGAGGUGCAUGGCAUACUGAGCGAAGUCUCGAUCCAAGACUACACGACGGCCAUGCUUGCAAAACAGCAUGCUGAGCAGCUGGCUCUUCAUGAAGACAUUGAGUUAAGGAAACAAAAUAUUGAACAGGCCAUCCUAAAUGGGUUAGAACUGCUGAAACAGACCACAGGCGAUGAGGUUGUCGUCAUCCAAGGCAAACUAGAUGGAAUAAAGACGAGGUAUUCAGAGAUCAACACAAUGAGCAACAAUGUUUCAAAGACUCUGGACAAAGCCCUGUCUCUUGCCACAAAGCUGCAAAACACUCAUGAAGAGCUGAACUCCUGGUUGGAGAAGGUAGAGUCUGAGCUGGCCACGUUUACAGCUCAAGAGCCGGUUGGAGAGCAGCUCACUCACUUACAAGAGAGGCAGAAAACACUGAUGAAGGAGGUUAAGGAUCAGAAGCCACUGGUUGACUCUCUCAAUGAAGUAAGCAGCGCUCUGCUGGAACUCGUUCCAUGGCGAGCAAGAGAAGGCUUGGACAGGAUGGUCACAGAUGACAACGAGCGCUACAAAAUGGCCAGCGAUGCCAUUACACAGCAUGUAGACCAGACCGGAGCUGCCAUCUUAAAAUCCCAGCAGUUUGAGCAGGCUGCUACCACUGAGCUUGAAUGGCUGACGGACGCAGAGAGGAAGUUGUCAUGCCUUGGGGACGUCAGGCUUGAGCCGGAGCACACCACAGCUCAGUUACAGGCUCAGAAGAGCUUCUCCAUGGACAUUAUGAGACAUAAAGAUGCUGUGGAUGACAUUGUGAAGGCCAGCGAGGUCAUUAUGAACAGUAAAGAUGAGGCAGAGAAGCAGGCAUUGAGGAUGAAGCUCCAGACACUGUCAGAGAAAUGCAAUGUGGUUAGUCAGCUGAAUUCGGAGCGCUGUCUGCAGCUGGAGAGAGCUCAUUCUCUGGCCUGCCAGUUCUGGGAAACGCAUGAUGAACUCUGGCCAUGGCUGCAGGAGACGAGGACUGCCUUCACUCAGCUGUCCCAGCCGGCUAUUGAGUACGAAGUGCUUCGACAGCAACAAGAGGAGCUGAGGCAAAUGAGGGAGCUGAUAGCAGAGCACAAGCCACACAUCGACAAGAUGAAUAAAACUGGACCUCAGCUUGUGGAGUUGAGUCCCACUGAAGGGGUGCCAAUCAGAGAGAAAUACGAGGCCGCGGAAAAACUGUACAGCCAGCUGAAAGUCGAUGUCAAGCACAGAGCAGCUGCCUUGGAUGAGGCCAUCUCCAAAUCCACUCAGUUCCAUGAUAAGAUAGACCCAAUGCUGGAGUCUCUGGAGCGCAUCGCUGAACGCCUGCGCCAGCCUCCAUCCAUCUCUGUUGAGGUGGAGAAGAUCCGAGAGCAGAUAUCGGAGAACAAAGCGGUGAAUGUAGACCUGGAGAAACUUCAGCCAUCCUAUGAGACCCUCAAGCAGAGAGGAGAGGAGAUGAUCGCUCGCUCCGAAGGAGCAGACAAGGACCUUUCGGCCAAAGCUGUUCAAGAUAAGCUGGACCAGAUGGUGUUUCUGUGGAAUGACAUCCAAGCUCUUCUGGAGGAAAGAGAGGCCAAGCUCCUGGAUGUCAUGGACUUAGCCGAGAAGUUCUGGUGUGAUCACUGCGCUCUCAUCGUAACCAUCAAAGACACACAUGAUCUGCUGAAAGAGCUGGAGGAGCCUGGAGUCGAUCCUUCAGUAGUCAAGCAACAGCAAGAGUCUGUGGAGGGCUUUAGAGAAGAGAUUGACGGGCUGCAGGAGGAACUGAAUGUGGUCCAGAAUCUGGGGGCGGAGCUUAUGACAGCAUGCGGAGAACCUGAUAAACCAGUGAUCAAGAAAAGUAUAGAUGAGGUGAACUCAGCUUGGGAAACCCUGAAUAAGGCUUGGAAAGAGAGAGUAGAGACUCUAGAGGAAGCCAUGCAAGCUGCAGUGCAGUUCCAGGACAGUCUCCAGAACAUGUUUGACUCAGUGGAUAUUAUGGAAGGCAAACUGGAUUUGAUGUCGCCCGUGGGCACGGACCUGGAGACUGUGAAACAACAGAUUGAGGAGCUGAAGGUGUUCAAAGCUGAUGCGUACCAGCUACAGAUCGAGAUGGAAAGGCUGAACCAUCAGACUGGGCUCCUGCUGAAGAAGGUGGUAGAGGAAGCUGAUCGCACUUCCAUCCUGGAGCCAAUGAAUGAGCUGAAAAUGCUCUGGGACAGCCUGGAUAAAAAGAUCAUCAACAGACAGCACAAGCUGGAGGGAGCGCUGUUGGCUUUAGGGCAGUUCCAGCAUGCUUUAGAUGAACUUCUGGCUUGGCUCACUCAUACUGAAGAGCUGCUUAAUGAACAGAGGAAGGCCUGCGGCGACCCCAAAGCCAUCGAGAUCGAGCUCGCAAAGCACCACGUGUUGCAGAAUGAUGUGCUGGCCCAUAAGACCACGGUGGAGGCGGUGAACAAGGCCGGCAGUGACCUCAUUGAUUCCAGCGCUGGAGAGGAGGCGCGAGGUCUGCAGAACAAGCUGGAGAACCUCAACCAGCGCUGGAGGACUAUCCUGGAGAAGACUGAGCAGAGAAGACAGCUUCUGGACAGCGCCCUGCUGCAGGCUCAAGGUUUCCAUGGUGAGAUUGAAGACAUGCAGCAGUGGCUGAAAGACACAGAGCGUCAGCUGUUAGCAUCAAAGGCCCUCGGAGGCUUACCAGACACGGCCCGAGAGCAGCUUAACACCCAUCUGGAGCUCUGCAGUACACUGGAAGCCAAGGAGGAAAUAUAUAAGCAACUUCUUGACCGAGGGCAGCAGAUUUUGACCUUGACUCCUGAGGGUCAAGACAGCACCACUGAACUGGACCUACGUAACCUGCAGGAGAAGUGGGAAUGUGUUCAGGCCAAAGUGACAGAGAGGAAGGUGAAACUGGAGGAGGCUCUGGCGAUGGCCACAGACUUCCAUAACUCACUACAGGAUUUCAUUAACUGGCUGACGCAAGCCGAACAGACCCUCACUAUGGUCUCCCCUGCCUCCCUCAUCCUCUAA